AAAUAUCAUUCAACAGAGGUAUAUAACAAGUAUUGCCAACCCGUGGGGUAUCUAUGCGUGGAUUGGCUAACAUUUCUUGAGGGCCGGUGCGGUGUUUGCGAUAUCAUAAACGGCACGAAUUACUGCCAACAGAUGGGCUUUUAUCCGAAACACUGGGAGUCCGUUGCCGUCAAUAGUGUCGAAACCGUUGAGGGAUAUAAAUACUACUUGAAUACGGGAAACAAGAAAGAAUAUUGCUUAUAUCAUUAUCAGAUGGCCUUUCAUGUGGCCAACCAAUCGGAUGCGAGCAAAGCAAGAGUGGCCCGCAUUAGCAUCAAAGGCGAAGUGGACGGCAAAGAGACCACACUUUUUAUAAACCGCAAUAUGUCCCAAAUAGUACCAGGGCACAUUCACACACUAUUAGUUACGUUUAAGUUUGUGGUGAAAAAUAUUACCCUAAUUGGUCUUCAAUGGACUGGUUUCAAGUCAAACAUCGAUAGAGACAAGUUUAUUGAUAUGGAUUUCGCUGAACUUAAUUAUUUAAGUCAUAUGGACAGAAAGUAA